AUGACCAAACGAGCGCUAAGCCCAGAUGACGACUUGCCAAGGAAACUCAGAUCCAUAGGCCCAUACUGCGUUCAAUUACCUACGUGUGCAUACUGUGGCUUCGACGUUGAAAAUGGAGAGAGCAUUCAAGUUUGCAUCGACGAGCCGGACCGCAAUGGAAUUGGCAGCGUUACCGCUGCCUUUCCAUUUGAUCCUGCAUCAAGACGCGAGAGCCGUACAUUCCAUUUCGAUGUUCACCGGCGCGGCCAAAUCCAGGUACAUCAUUGCUUUGGAGACGACGAUGACAGCGGCUACGCUGCUGAUGUCCGCCGCCCAGCGUGGUACACCCAUCCACAUUGCUAUCGUGUAGUAGAACAUUUGCUGCCAAAGGAGGCCGAUGCCAUAGCCCUCGCGCGGUGUUCAGCAUUCAGAUAUGUCCCGUCACGGCGCUUUCAGCGCGAGCGGAAACAAUACUGGCUUGCCCAUUUUGGAUCUUACUUUCAACGAAACAUCUGUCCUGCCUUGCCAUCAGAAUUGUGGAGAAUGAUUCUUCACUAUGCCUUGGACAGUCUCAUAUCCCAGCAAUGGGCUUUUCUCAGUCUCGCAGCCUCUGCAUCAGCCCCUUGCCACCCUUCGACACUUUCGGCCUCGAACUUGUACUUCGAAACACGCAUGCUCGAAGGUCGACGGUAUCUGUCGAAUGCUGUUUCUCAGCCCCCAAUCAAGCACCAUUUAGGCACAGAAUUCUGGGUAGGCAUGGAUGCCCGGGGAGUGCGAAUCAUACAGCAAAAGUUUCCGGAAGUGGUAAACGAUCUUUGGUGGCAAAGAUUACGCCUCGAACCUACGCAUCAGGUCAAGUUAUACUGGGAUAAGCUGAAAUUACGAUACAUCCGUACCAGCGAUGAUUCGCCCGUGCAGGCAGUCUGCUGGAAUGACCCCAAAGCAGCCGAUAUGAACAUCUAUUAUAUCUCUGAAGUCUUUGAUACCCCUGGAAUCAAUGGUUGCUCUGAUAUGAGUAUUUCGAGUUCAGCACGCUCGUGGAUGACUUGUAUGGGGCACAUUCCUAGGAUGAGGACUUUGGAUAUAGGAGCAGCUUUAUGUGGCAUUGCCGUAGCGACCACUGCAGCCUGUACACUGGGCAUAUGGCCGGUAAAGGACGAAUCCCAACAUUCAUUCUACGAGGAAUUCGAAGCAGCCAUGCGUUUUCAAGCGUCCUGGACAUACUACCGUCUGCGCGAAGCCGAGCGCGUUAGUACUCUUUGGAUUCGCACACAGAAGAUUGGCUUUGAGAAGAAUUUCAUAUUUGGCACGAGCGAGGGCCGAAUUCUAUGUCCUUCGCACGGUCUUAUGGCGCAUAAGACGUACACCGAAAUUAAAAGAUCGGAAGCGGGCUUUCAGAUCGCCAUCGACGAAUGCGAACGGUAUCCCCAGUCCCAUGAAAUUCAACUUUUUGGCUGUCAUGUUAGUCCUACGCCUCUAGCGCAAAUACCAGCGGUGUUGGAAAAUUAUAAGGUGAAAGUCCAGCUGAGUGAUAUCCUCGCAGUUGAAACGUGCAGGUAUCCGAGCAAAGACGGUAAACUUGUCGGAUUUAUGGUCAAAGACCGAUCCCGAGGUGUAUGGACAUCGUUUGGACUCUUUCGUCUCGAUGGGUACCGCGAGACGAGCUAUGUCGAUUCUAAAGAGGAUACUAGGUUUCUGACACAAGUCACAGAGCUCGUCAAGGUUCCUGAUAAAGUGACGUCUGACAUGUUUCUCAAUUAUGCCCACAAGCUUCUGUUUGUGGAAUACUGGAUUUCAACUAAAUGA